AUAUCAUUUUACAGUGAUUCUGCAGAGUCAGCAGCUGAGGUAUCAUUUUCUUUAAUCAUAAAAAUAUACUUCUUCGUUGUACAAAUGCCUAUCAUAACACGGUUUGAUUGGUUGGAAUUGGAUAAAUUCACGGUAGACAAAUAAAGAAGGAACCGAAAUAGUCAUAUCAAUAAAUAAUGAAAUAUGAAACAGCCAACUCAUGAACUGUUAUAAAAUUGUCAAUCAAAAAUCCAGCCUAACAGGAUCCAUGGUAAGAUUAGUUAACGGUUAAAUACAAACUCAAAAUUCAACUAAAAAUGAACCCAAACAAGACAGCGUCUCCUAAAGCCGUAAAUUGGCCUUAAGUGGCACAAUUUCAGUUUCUCAACCCGGGCUUUUCAUUUUUCGUUUUCCGGAGAAAAUUCAGACUUCAGAUCACUUUUUAGAGGAAAUCUCUUUGCCCCGUUAGAAAAUUCUACAAACUAAUUGCGCUGCACGUAAGAGCUUUGUUAAUUAAGCCUAGUAUCUUAUUUGAUUUCUUGAACUUCCUUUCUGUUUAUUUCUCAAUAAGAGUUUAAUCAUUCAUUGUACUGUGCUCAUUCGUUGACCACAAAAGUAAGAGGAAAAAUAUAUAUAUAUAUAUACACACACAUAUGUAUAUAUAUUAUGGCAACAGGAAGGGUCUGCUGUUUCUCGCCGUCGGGCAUGUUCUUGGGUCAUAAUAAAACUGAGGGAAUUAAGGAACUGCUGGACCCUUUUAAACUGCUGGACCCUUUUAAAGGCUCUUCCCCAUUCAAGACUCAGCAGGAAUUUAAAGCCUUUAAGAUGAGCAGAUCAUUUGGAAAUUUAGAAGAAAUUUUGAUGGUAAACCUGAAGAAGAAGAUCAUGACAUUCAGUGACAUCCUUGACCUUCCUCCUCCUGAUUGUUCUCAUUCAAUACAACAGCUGAUGAUGAAGACAAUAAAAGAUCUCCAAAAUCUGUAUCCUGAAAUCGUUCCCGGAAUUCAAUUAUCCGAAAUGAAAGAGGCGUCUAUAAAUCAAGUUCUUGAUCACUUUUUAAGGACUCUGAAAUCCAUUAAAAGUUCAUGGACAGUGCAUAACGAUUCUAUCGACAUAGCUGAAUUGUACAUGCAUGGAGAUAUGGAGAACAGCAACACAGAGCAACGUGUUGAAAGAGCAAUUGGAACACUAGAUUCCUUGAUUGGGAUAGUGAGAGAGAAGUUUGAUAUAAUGGAUGAAGAUGAGAAGAAAGAUUCAACUCCACGAGGUAGCCCAUUAGCCAAAUUUGAUGAGACUUGUUCGGACUACAACGGUAGCUGUCUUUGUGGCUCUCCGGCCACGCCAACCUCGGUUUUUCCGGUUAAGAGAAAAAGUAGAGAGUUUCCAAGUAAUCCAUCUUACAGCUCACCUCUUCGCAUAUCUCUCAGAGUUCAAGCAGUGAGGAAAUUAAACCCCAUUGAUGUCAAGCGCCUGUCAUUCCAUAUGCCUCCUCAUGCCGCAGUUCAAGAUUUCGUGGCUUCCUCUCGAAACAACACUAUUGUUGAUGAAAUUAUAGAAGAUGCACAAGUGAAUAAAGCACCAGCUGCUAUUGUUGAAAAUACUAAAGAGCAUUACACUGAAACUGCGAAGCCAAAGGAUUUGGUGACAGCUCCUGUGGCCAUACCAAGGGAACCUUCAUCUGAGCCAAAGUUGUCCCCGACUGUAGCAUUAGUACCAUCGCCACCUACGACUACACCUCCAUCCCCUGAUUUACGGCCACAUUUGACAAUUCCAACGCCACCCCCACCACCUCCUCCGCUCAUGUUGAAGCCAGAUGUUACAGAAACACAAUCCAUGCUGCGAUCACCCCCCACAAAGUUAGGAGCUGUACCAGCAACACCUCCACCACCGCUGCCACCACCUGGAAGGUCAAGAGUAUUAGUAGCACCAUCAGCAAUGCCACCACUGCCACCUCCCACAAAGUUAGCAGUCAUAUCAACAGCACCUCCACCACCGCUGCCACCACCUGGAUGGUCAGGAACAACACCAUCAGCAAUGCCACCACCGUCACCCCCCACAAAGUCAGUAGCACCUCCACCACCGCCGCCACCACCACCAAGAAUAUCAGGAGUAGUAUUAACGAUGCCAUCAGCUAUUUCAUCACCACCACCACCGCCUACAAAGUCAGCAGCACCUCCGCCGCCGCCGCCAUCACCUAGAAGGUUAGAAAUAGUAUUAACAACACCAUCAGCUAUGCCAUCACCACCACCAUUACCGCCUACAAAGUCAGCAGCACCUCCACCACCACCUGAAAGGGCAAGAGCAGUAUUAAUAGCACCAUCAACAAUGGCACCACCACCGCUGCCACCACCUGGAAGGUCAGAAGCAAUAUUAGCAGCACAGUCAGCAAUGCCACUAUUGCCACCCCCCACAAAAUCAACAACACCUCCACCACCACCGCCACCACCUGGAAGGUCAGAAGCAAUAUUAGCAGUACCAUCAGCGAUGCCACUACUGCCAUCCCCCACAAAGUCAGCAACACCUCCACCACGGCUGCCACUAUCUGGAAGGUCAGGAUCUGUAUUAGCAGCACCAUCAGUGAUGCCACCACCAUCAUCCCCCACAAAGUUAGCAGCUAUAUCAGCAAUGCCUCCACCACCAUCGCCGCCACCUAGAGGAUUAGAAAUAAUAUCAGUAGCACCAUCAACAAUGCCACCACUGCCACCCCCCACAAAGACAGCAGCUGUAUCAAUAGCACCUUCACCUCCGUCUCCUCCACCGAUGCAAGCUGUAAAUGGAGCGGCGACACCGCCACCUCUUCCAGUUGGUCCAAUAAGAUCCUUGAGACCCAAGAAAGCUACUAAAUUGAAGAGAUCAAGCCAAUUGGGGAAUUUAUAUCGGCUUCUAAAAGGGAAGGUAGAAGGAAAUGAUUUGCGUAAAGCAUCAGGCGUAAGAAGAGGUGUGGGGGGUUCUGGAGGCGGUGGAAAAGGAAUGGCCGACGCACUUGCAGAGAUGACAAAAAGAUCAGCAUACUUCCAAAAAAUUGAAGAAGAUGUUCAAAAGUAUGCAAAAUCAAUCACAGAGUUGAAAUCUUUAAUAGGUACUUUCCAGACGAAGGACACGGCUGAGCUGCUUAAAUUCCAGAAACAAGUAGAAUCAGUACUUGAGAAUCUGACUGACGAAUCUCAGGUGCUAGCGCGAUUCGAAGGCUUCCCUUUAAAGAGGUUGGAAACACUGAGGACAGCCACAGCAUUACACUCAAAGUUAGAAGCAAUGGUUACUGAAUUACAAAAUUGGAAGAUUGAGGCUCCCUUGAAGCAACUGCUGGACAAGGCUGAACGUUCCUUUAACAAGAUCAAAGGAGAAAUCGAAGCAUUGGAAAGAACAAAAGAUGAGGAAAUUAAGAAAUUUCAGACUCAUAAUAUCCAUUUCGACUUCAGCAUCAUCAUCAAAAUCAAAGAAUUUAUGGUGGAUGUUUCCUCCAGCUGCAUGGAGCUUUCACUGAAGGAAAGUAGAAAAGCAAAAGCAGAAGCAGCAAAUGGAAACAAAUGUGAACAAAAAGCACAGGAAUGUGUUAAAAUGCUAUGGAGAGCAUUUCAGUUUUCAUUUCGGGUGUAUACUUUUGCCGGAGGACAUGAUGAUCGAGCCGACAAUCUCACCCGAGAACUGGCUCAUGUAAUUGAGACAAUUCCUAGCCAGAAUUAACAUCAAACUCGAUCUCCAUCUUCCUAAUAUUUGAAUCAGUACUUAAUUAUUAUAUUAUGAGAGAGAACUUGAUGGCGGCAUUCAAGCAGAAUCAAAGUUUUGAUAGGCCUUGUUAUGCUACUUUUGUUUGAAGUAGAGAAAUCUGUAGUAGGAUUUUAGAGCUGUGUCUUCUUCUUUAAAGGGGUUUUUGCUAAUUCUUUGUUCUACUGGGAAACGUUAUUGAGAGAGCAAACUGCAAGCUUCAUCAUUAAUUCCUGCUGGCAAUACAUACAUAUGUAUUGAUCAAGAGAGAUAUUAAGAAUUUAUUUCUUCUAUUACAUGUUGCUCGAUCGUGGCAAGAAUGUAUCAACUGCUGAUGCUUCAUGCUUCGUCAUUGAAUUUUUGUGUUUUCUUUUUGUCUCUGUGUAACGAUGUUGAUUAUAUAUAUUUAUAUGUAUAUGUUGCCAUUUUACCUGUCUCUAUGUA